GAAUCCCCCAUCCCAGAAGACAAAGACCGCCGAUUUGUCUUCUCUUAUUUUCUAGCCACUGACACGAUCAGUAUCUUUGAGCCUCCUGUUCGCAAUUCUGGUAUCAUUGGGGGCAAGUACCUUGGCAGAACCAAGGUCGUUAAGCCGUACUCUUCUGUGGAAAACCCUGUCUACUACGGCCCUAGUGACUUCUUCAUUGGUGCUGUGAUUGAGGUGUUUGGCCACCGCUUCAUCAUCCUUGAUGCAGACGACUAUGUUUUGAAGUACAUGGAGAGCAAUACUGCCCAGUUUUCACCAGAAGCACUCUUGUCAAUUCAGAACCAUAUUCAUAAGCGAAAAACUCCUGCACCAGAUUUGGAAAG